CUAAAGAUCGGGGAUGGAACUAUGUAAUCCGUUGCUUAUUUUAUAUUCGCUUUGACGUAUUGAGUAUAGUAUUUUUUGUAAUGAAUGAUUAGUUAUUGGUUCAUAAUAGUUGUCUCGAUAAUGCACUAAACAAAAUUUGCAGAAUGUGUGCCGUUUACAAAAGUUAUUAUAGGAAACCCUACAUUUAAAAGGCCAUAUAGUUUAAAUUACUCACCAGUAAAAUUACUCACAGAAGUUAAGUUCAAUAUUCUUAGAGACUACUACUUGGCAUGUUUGUGUGCUUGUAGGACAUGGUAUUCUACCCUCCCUCUUUCUUUGGAUGUCAUUUAAGAUUUAACAUUGUCAAAGUUAAAUACUGUAAGUUUCUUACUAUAAAGAACUUGGGGAGGUGAAGGUUACUACUGCAUAAACAGCAUUGAAGGAUAGUCAUAAAAACCAGCAAUGAAAGCUUUGUUAGACCCGACCACUAGCGUUAGAAAUUCCCUCCCGACGCUAGCCAAAAAGUCGAUAUGGAAGACAGUGCAAAAGGGCAGAGGGAGAAGAAAAAGAGAUAUAUUAGAUUGCUAGAAAGAAAGACCAACGCUUCAGUUACCACUCUUCACAGUUCAGUGUUCACACUCACUCAAUAGUCAAUACUACACACUCUCUGGCCUCUGCUCACUUACUUGAGUUACUUCACUACAAGCUUUUGCAUUCUCUUCUAAUCUUCUUUCUUUCUUUCUUUCUGUUGGCCCUCUCCACCCUUCCCCUGAAAGUCCUCUCCUUUCCACUUUCCCACUCCCACAAAAAGCCUUCUGCCAAGGAAAGAAACCCACUCAGCGGAAAUCAUGGUCUGCAAUGGAAAGCCAUUUGCUCUGUUCAUCACCUUCUUCACCACCUUGUUCCUUUCUCCAGCAUUUCUGGCUACCUUCUCCCAUGCCUCUUCCCAUCUCCACCACCACUCUUUCCCCCCAGCUGGGGCGCCGUCUGUGGAGUUUCCAUGGCGGACAGUGAGAUCAGCACUGGAGAUACCCAGUAGCAAUGACCCAGUUGAAACCUCAACACUUGCGUUAGCAGCUGAACGGACUUACAGAAAAGACCCUCUUGACGGCUUCAAGCGUUACGACCGUGGCUGGAAUAUCAGCGACCGCCAUUAUUGGGCUUCUGUAGGAUUCACGGGAGCGCCACUGUUCGUGGUAGCUUUAAUCUGGUUUCUGGGUUUUGGACUCUGUUUACUACUUGGAUGCCUCUUCCAUUACUGCUGCAAAAGGAAGCUUCAUGGCUACUCUCGGAUCGCUUAUGCCCUUUCUCUCAUUUUCCUCGUCCUCUUCAGCAUUGCUGCUGUAAUUGGGUGUGUUGUGUUAUACAAUGCUCAGGGGAAGUUCCACAAGAGCACCACUAAGACAUUGGACUAUGUUGUAAGCCAGGCGGAUUCCACGAUCGAGAAUUUAAGGAAUGUGUCGGACUAUCUGGCUUCAGCUAAGCUACUUGGAGUUGAUCAAGUUUUCCUGCCUUCGGAUGUACAAACAGACAUUGACCAGAUUGGAGGUAGAAUAAACUCUUCUGCUAGUCUUCUCGAUGAGAAAUCGUCCGAAAAUUCCAGUGAUAUACAAGACCUUCUUGAUUCUGUGAGGCUGGCUCUCAUUGUUGUAGCUGCAAUUAUGCUUGUCUUGACAUUCCUCGGAUUGUUGUUUUCGAUCUUUGGCAUGCAAUUGCUGGUACACAUCCUAGUUGUGCUUGGAUGGAUACUAGUUGCAGGCACAUUCAUCUUGUGUGGCAUAUUCCUUCUUCUUCACAAUGUGGCGGGCGAUGCUUGCGUUGCAAUGGAUCAAUGGGUGCAAAAUCCGGCUGCUCACACAGCACUAGACGAGAUCUUGCCCUGUGUAGACACCACAACUGCACUUGAAACCUUGGCAAAGAGCAAGGAAGUGACCUCCCAACUAGCUGAGGUAGUGAACCAGGUGAUCACCAACAUGUCCAACAUCAACUUCUCCCCAAACUUCAAGCCUCUCUACAUCAACCAAUCCGGACCCUUGGUCCCAAUCCUCUGCAACCCAUUUCACGCGGACUUGACUGAUCGUGCCUGCAGUCCUGGUGAAGUCGACCUCAACAAUGCCACACAGGUGUGGAGUGGCUAUGUGUGCCAGGUCUCGGCAGCAGGAAUAUGUGAAACCACGGGUCGAUUGACACCGAGUAUAUACAGCCAGAUGGAGGCUGCAGUCAACGUGAGCUAUGGAUUGAUCAACUAUGCACCAUUCUUGGUACAGUUGGAAGACUGCUCAUUUGCUAGGCAGACAUUCAGUGAGAUACACAGGGAGCAUUGUCCUGGACUGAGGAAGUACAGCAGGGAGAUAUAUGUAGGGCUGGUGAUAGUCUCCACUGCAGUUAUGUUGUCUUUGAUCUUCUGGGUUAUCUACGGCCGAGAAAGGCGGCACCGGACGGGUGGAAAGCAGGAGCAUGAGCAUCAAGCUGAAGACAGGGCAGCUCAUCAGGAGGUGGUGGAAGAAGGUGGAGAGAUCAAGGAGCACUGAAGGUUUCUUUCCUUUUGGGAGCUUAAAAUGUGGUGAUGUAUAUUUCAGUAGUAGGGGCAGAUUUGGGUUUGAACGAUUAGAAUUGGGGGAAAUGAUUUUGAUACUCUUUCCACGGAUUUGUUGGUUGUGGAUUUGUGGUGCCCCUGUAAUCAAAUUGGGAUUAGGUCCUUUGGAUUUUAUUUUGCUUGGAAUUAGCUUUAACCAGCUUUAGCCUUGCUAGGACAAGGAAAGGAGAAAUGAACUUCCUAACUGCAAUGGGCCGGUGGCGAGUUAGGUCUUUGAAUUCGGCGGAAGAAUUGUCAUGUCAGCUUAGCUGCCUUGAGAAGGCGGCCCAAGGGAGGGCCCAUUGGGUCGGCAAUCGUGACCCAAUAUAUAUAGGCUAAGCCCAUUUAUCCAUGGUGAAGGGUAAGUGCUGUACCUGUACAGGAUUAAUCUCUUGCUUUGGCCAUAAUCAUAAAAUUAGGUUUGCAAAAUUAUUUCCAAAUAAAAUUAGCUCGGAUAUCUUUGCACGUAUGAGCUUAAAUAAUAUCGGUUCCCAACAACUUGCAAUAAUGCUAGAAAUUUCGAAUGGAGUGGGAAUCAGCUGAUUCUCCAAUUUAUCAUGACUUUGCUUGUACACCAAAAUAAAAGCCAUUAAAAUCACAACCUCCAGAGAAAAUCUUAUAUAUAAUACCGAAAUAUCGAAUUAGUGGCAUUAAAGAAUUGAGGCCUGCGUCAGUUUCCAUUUGUCACAGCUGUCAUGUUUACAUUAUAUAAAAAAAACGCAUUGUAUCUCUACGACAUUGAGAUUUUAAACCUUGGAUUAAUCUAAGCUUCAAUUUGGUUAAUUAUCUGUCCACCUGAGCUGUAACUUUUAAUACAUUCUGGGUUGUGCAUGCAUAUCCUGUAUUCACAAGAAUUACAGCUUAUAAUAUUGGGGAUUUUACAUUUGAAGUAACCAUGUAGAUUAGGAUACACAUGCGUAGGAUCACUUUGUGGGAUUGUAAAAGUUACUAGGAGUAGAUUGCAUAUGUUAAAUGUGGGAUUGUAAAAGUUACUAGGAGUAGAUUGCAUAUGUUAAAUGACUAGUCUGUAUUGUUCGCAACAGGUUAAGUAUCGUUAUGUAGUCUGUCAUUCGUUCUACUACGGAAUGAGAAUGGUCUCGUGCCCUUCUCUCGCUCUCUCUUCUUCCGCUGACCUACGUAUAUAAAGUCUAUCUCUCUCUCGAGCAAGCUCCUCGGGGGGGUUUUUACGGAUGCAAUUCAGAGUACAAAAUGCCCUCGAAGGUAUGAUUUUUCUUAUAACCUGCUUAGGGUAUUACUCACAUUACCAGCAGACUUGGAUAAGUUGAGUAUGUAUAGAAAAGGAAAAGAAAAGUAAAACCACAUUGUUUCAAUAGUGGGUAUGUGAUGGUAUGUUUAGUUUACCAAACCCGUAGCCACGCCUUAGGUGAUAUAACCAUUCAAAUAACACGUGAUCUCGAACAUAACCAAUAGGACUAUGGUCCUUACAAUCAUUGAGAUUGGGAUGUCCUAAUAGGAUCCGAUUCACAAUAAAUGAACAGUGCAUUU